AUGUAUUCUGUUAAUAUGAUCAGGUCAAAAAGGUGUUAUAAUUUUAUAAAUAUAACCAUUAAGUGAUUUAAUAAUACCUAAAUAGAAAUUUAUAUUUAUUAUCAAGGAAAACAAUUUGUUUAGAAGAGAUGCUGUUAUCGACUGUUAUAGAAUUUUAAACAAAAAUAACCCUUAAAAUUAAAUAUAGCAUUAGACCGAGAUGAUUAUGCAAAAUAUUUGUUAAAUUAAGUAAUAAAUAUUAUGGAAAUUCAACUACCCUAAUUCCUUUAAAAAUAGUACUUACAAUUUAUAAAAUAGUAAAGGUAGUCUUAAUGUAAGUAUCAUGAAAUAUUCAGUCUUUCAACACGAUGUUUAACAAGACUUUAUAAAUAUUAUUAUUAAAGUAAGUUUUAAUUAAAUGAAAUAAUAAAUUAAUACAUAUGUUUUCAAUUUGAAUCCUUUUUUUAUAUCUAUGAUUGUAAAUAAACAAAAAUCUAAGUUUCAAUAAACUUAGAUUAAUAUUAUGUAUUCUACUCUACUAUAUAGUAAUAUAGCAAACUUUAUUAUGAAUUUCUCUUUAAGGAGUUCUAGACUUCAAUCUAAAAUGGCCUUUUAUUUUGUGAACAGAAAAAAUACCAAUGUUUUGAGAGUAGCUUAAUUUUAUUCAAAAUCUCUGAAAAACUUCAACAUCAAAUUAAACGAAGAGAUUACAAGCUUUUUAACAAAUAUAUUAAAGCAUAUUUUUUUACACUAACAAUUCAAAUUUGCCUCUUAUUUUAAUGAUGAAUUCUUGGCCAAACUCAUGGGAUUCUAGGUUACAUAAGUUUUAAGAGAUUAUUUAAUAGGCAUUUUCAUUUUUAGAUAAUAUCUAUAAAAAAACCUUUAUUAACCUGAACCUAUUCUAUUUUAUUAGGAGAUUGGAAACUCAAAGCUAAUUUAAUAUGCAAAGACUUAAGUGAUUUAAAAUAAAGAAAAUUUAAGAUGCUAUCAAUUUACAGAAUCAAUAAUUAUUUAUAUUCAACCUUAAAAUAUAAUUAACUAUUACAUUAUGGUUGCAAUACAAAAUUCAACUAGAUCUUUAAUAUUAAGUUAAAUAAUUAAGGAUUACAUUGAAUUUAAAAUUAUACUCUUUAAAACUAUUCAUUUUAUUAUCCUUUAAUGUACACAACAAACUAAGAUAAUUUUGCUAUUUUAAUAGAAUUAAAUAUUUCGCUACAUCUAGCUAUUUUUUAAUAAGAUAAUUAUAUGUUUAUAUUAAAGGAAAUUAUCCAAACUGAUGAUUUCUUUUUUAAUUUUGAUGGAUAAAAUUUAUUGUUUUCUUUCGACAAGGUGUGGAGGUGUGCAUUCUUGUAACAAUUUCUUGUCGAUAUCAGUAUAGAAAAAAUCAUUAAGAUAUCUUGUCAUCAAACUUUUCAAUGUACCAUAAAGAGGAGGGUGCUGUUGAAUUAAAGAUUUAAGUCGAAAAUGAUUGCUUUGAGUUACAUUCUCUCAUGAAAUCACCUAUAAUUAACAUCCAAAACAAUAAAAGUGUAAAAUUGAAUGUUUCUGAGAUGUUUUAUUGUCCAAUUAGCAAUUUGACACUUUUAGAUAACUCAAACAUUAUUUUGAAGGGACUUAUUCAAAUUAAGUAAGCUAUUUAAAAUUGUCAUGAUUAAACCUCAACAUUCUGUAUUAGAGAAUAUCAUUUUAAAACAUAUUAUUUUAGAGUGUUUGUUGAGGAAAAUCACAUUUUGGAAGUUCUUAGAAGUUCUUCGAUUAAUAAUUUUUAUAUAACUUGCAUAAAAUAGGAAUAUUUUCUUUGUGUUUCAUAAUUAGUUUAUUUUCUAAAUAUUGAAUUAAUUGAAUGUUCAUAAAAACAUAAAGAAAAUUGUCAGAUGAUCUCAAAUUUUAAUAAUAGUUUCAAAUUAAUUUAUAUAAAUAUUUCUGAAACAAAAAGGGUUGGUAAUUUAAUAAAACUUAAAGGUGACAAGCAUACGGCUUUUAUUAUUAUUGAGGAUAUCAAUUUUAUGUAUAAAUGUUACCUGACAUGACCAUAGAUAUACAAUACAUUGAAGAAUCUAAUAAUUAAUACCUCAUUCUAUAGAAUUAUAAGAAGGAUUCAAAUGAUUUAGAAAUAACUAUAUACUCGAUCAAUUUACAUCAAAAAUACUAAAUUUACUCAUUAGUAAUUACUGAAAAAAUGUCUGCAGAAAUGAUUUAUGGAUAUUUUAAUAUAUCUAAAUUAAAAAUGAAGUUAGUCUCAUGUAAAUAUUUUGGCAAACUAAUUAAUAUAAAACUUUUCAUAAUGAAUUAAUUUGUUUUAUAAUUUUUUUUUUAGUUAAAUUUAGAUCUCCAAAAGAAUUAAAUUUAAUAAAAAUCAUAAUACUAAUUAAGGAAUUUUAUAACCAACUAUAAUAUCAAGACAAUUCAUGAUUUUGACAUUUAAUAUCUAGAUGAUACUCUUUUUGUGCUAAAAUAAAAUGAAGAUGCUUGCUCUCAAUUUUACUAAUUUUAAGAAAAUAGAACAUUUUAUGAUUAUUUUACAAUUCGAAAUUUUCAAAGUUCAUAAAAUACUACAAAAAAAGCAUUCUUUUUUGGUUAUACUCAUUUCAUUUUCUACAAUCUUAAUUAGGUUAAAUUAGGAUUAAUUGGAUAUGAAUUAGAGAUAUAAAAUUAUGAUCAAAUUGAAUAAAAUUUUCAAUUAUUCACAUAAAAUUUGAUAUCAAAUGUGAAAUUAUCAUUGUAAAUACAUGUAGUUAAAACUAGUGAGCAGCUUACGAAUAGUAUUUUAGUAGUUUAAAUAUUUUGGUUUAUUUUCAUUAUCAUAUAUACAAGAACAGCUAAAUCUAAAUAUAGGAAUCAAGUUAGUUGA